CUUUACAGAUACUCUCUCACCCUUUUUAGCUCUUUCUCUCUCUACGCGCAAAUUUUUAAAUAUUUCUUUCCAAUUGAGAAUAGCAAACAAAAGUAGUAAAACAAAUAUUGAGAAAAGAAACAAAAAAGGAGGAGAGGAGAUCGUGAGGGGAGGGCACAGCCGAAGAAAAGGAGAUAAUUUUUUUUUUAGGUCUUGGAGAAAAUUAGCGUUACCCCAUUUUUGUGAUUUCAUUUCUACACCUGAAGUGUCUUUGAACGCUCCAUCUCCUCCUCCAGUCAUGGUGGCCACCUCCGCUACGUCCUCAUUCUUCCCUCUCCCAUCUUCCUCCCUCGACCCCACCGCCAAAACCACCAACAAACCCACCUCCACCAACUUCUCCGGCCUCUCCCCGACACCAAACUCCGGCGGAAGGAUGAAAGUCAAACCCAACGCCCAGGCCCCGCCCAAGAUCAACGGCAAGAGAGUCGGUAUCCCCGGCUCGGUCGAAAUCUCGAAGCCCGACAACGAGCCCGCGCCGAGGACGUUCAUCAACCAGCUUCCUGACUGGAGCAUGCUCCUCGCCGCCAUCACCACCGUCUUCUUGGCCGCCGAGAAGCAGUGGAUGAUGCUCGACUGGAAACCGAGGCGUUCCGAUGUGAUCAUGGAUCCGUUUGGUCUGGGGAGGAUCGUUCAGGACGGGCUCGUGUUCCGUCAGAAUUUCUCUAUUAGGUCUUAUGAGAUUGGUGCUGAUCGGUCUGCGUCUAUAGAAACAGUUAUGAAUCAUUUACAGGAAACGGCUCUGAACCAUGUUAAGACUGCUGGACUGCUUGGAGAUGGGUUUGGUUCUACUCCUGAGAUGGUUAAGAAGAACUUGAUUUGGGUUGUUACUCGUAUGCAGGUUGUUGUUGAUAAAUAUCCUACUUGGGGAGAUGUUGUAGAAGUAGAUACAUGGGUCAGCAAGUCUGGAAAGAAUGGUAUGCGUCGUGAUUGGCUUGUUCGUGAUGGCAAUACUGGAGAAAUUUUAACUCGAGCUUCAAGUGUGUGGGUGAUGAUGAAUAAAGUGACGAGAAGAUUAUCAAAGAUUCCUGAAGAGGUUCGAGGGGAGAUAGAGCCUUACUUUGUGGAUUCUGACCCAGUCAUCGCCGAGGACAGCAGAAAGUUAACGAAACUUGAUGACAAGACUGCUGACUAUGUCCGUUCUGGUCUCACUCCGCGUUGGAGUGACUUGGAUGUUAACCAGCACGUUAACAACGUGAAGUACAUAGGGUGGAUACUGGAGAGUGCUCCGGUGGGGAUGAUGGAGUCUCAGAAGCUGAAAAGCAUGACUCUGGAGUAUCGCAGGGAGUGCGGGAGGGACAGCGUGCUUCAGUCCCUCACCGCGGUUUCGGGUUGCGAUGUCGGUAACCUCGGGACGGGCGGUGUAGUGGAAUGUCAGCAUCUGCUCCGACUCCAGGAUGGAGCCGAAGUGGUGAGAGGACGAACAGAGUGGAGUACCAAAACAUCAACAACGACUUGGGACAUUACACCGUGAAAGAAAAAAAAACAGCAAACAUGGGGUCCUUUGGUUCGUUUGUAUAAACUAUACUACCUGCUUGCAACCAUCACCAGUUCGUUUUCCUACUCAAAACAGUUUGGGCCACCUUUUGUAUAUUUUUUUUUGGUUCGUAUUUUUUUUGUUUCUUCGAUGGAGGAGGUCCCUUUUAUUAUAUUUAUUUAUUUUCUUUUGGGUGCCAGAGACAAAAGGCAAUAACUCUCUUAUCCUGUUUAUUUAAAUGUAUUUUAUUUUGGGGGA